GAUGGAUAUGAUGACAGUAUGUUGAGAGGAAUGGUAGAAAGAGGAUUAUCUUCAUCGAUAUAUUUUAGUAACAAGCAAAAAGGAAAGGAAUCAAUUAAUAAUUACCACAACAAUAAUAAUAGUAAUAAUAAUAAUAAUAAUCAAUAUAUGGAUGGUCAGUUAACAGAAAAUGAAAUUUCGAAUCAAAAUAUUUCUGGUAACAUGAAAAGUAUUAAAAAGAAAAAAGGUAGUACAAAUGAUGAUGAAAAUAUUAAUUUAAUAAAACAAUCUUUGCCUAAAGGUAUUUAUUAUGACCAUGCGAAAAAAUUAUAUAGAGUGCAAUAUAUAAUAAAUAAUUCGAUUAAAACGAAAGGGUUUAGUGUAAAGAAAUUAGGGUUAGCUCAAGCAAAAAUCGAGGCAGAAUCAUUUAGAAAUUUUUGUUUAGAAAAUGGGUUAUUGAAUUCUCGAAAGAGGAGAUUAAAUUCUCCAUAUAAUAAGAAGGAUGAGAGUUUUAGUAUGAUACCUGACAAUGAGGAGAUACUAUCGAAUCUGUUGUUUUUGUACAAUUCGAAUAUGAAUAAUAAUAUGAACAAGAUGGGUAAUAAUAAUGAUGAUAAUAAUAAUAUUGAUGGUAAUAAUAAUGAUGAUAAUAAUGAUGAUAAUAAUGAUGAUGGUAAUAAUAAUAAUAAUGAUGAUGGUAAUAAUAAUGAUGAUGAUAAUAAUAAUGAUGGUAAUAAUAAUGAUGAUGAUAAUAAUGAUAAUGUUAAUAAUGAUGAUGUUAAUAAUGAUGAUGAUAAUAAUAAUGAUGAUAAUAAUGAUGAUGUUAAUAAUGAUGAUGUUAAUAAUGAUGAUGAUAAUAAUGAUGGUAAUAAUGAUGAUGUUAAUAAUGACGAUGAAAUGGCUCAAAAUGAAUAA